AAUACAUCCGGCGGGGUCAGAUAUGAGACAAGUGAAUAAUUAUUUUGUUCUUUGGUAUGCCAAUGCGCUCGUACAAGAAAAACACAAUGACUCGUAUGGUGGUGCAAACUGUUAUCCUCAUUAUUUCGAAUCGACACUCAGAAUGAACACUUGGAAUGCCCAGGUCCACAUGAUGAGGUUUCUGUUGUAUUGUCUUUUGCUACUUCUUACCGUCGGCAUGAGCAGUGGGGAUGACUCUGCAGAGCUACUCGCGGGUGAGUUCGUGCCUGCAAACGGUGCAGACCCACCCGGCGGUCUCCUCGUGAGUAGCAAAGAGGAAGAUGAUGACGAUGAUGAUGAAGGCCUUGAGGUGAAUUCAUCGGAAGAGGACCUCGUGGAUGGGCCUACAGGUAAACUCAAGGGCACAGGCGUGCCAAGGCCCGGAGAACUCGUAGGAAAUGGGGAACCACUAGUUUGCGGAGACACGUCCGAGGAGAACUCCCCCAAUGGUUGCGUGAGGGAAGAGGGACUGUGUGUUUUCCUAACCAACAAGAAAACAAAAUGGUAUUGCAGCCUCUGCUCCGUCGACAUGACGAGUAACCAUAUCCAGAAAAUAUUUCCUAAAAACGACAAAUGCAAAGAUAAGCCUUCCAAUGGCUGCAAGUAUCCUAACCCGGACGUAGUUCCUGUUACGCCAACACAAGUUGACACCAACACGCACGUGUGUGGGAAGAAAAGCGGUGCAUUCCAAUGGUACUGCAGUUACUGCUCCGUGGAGAAAAACAAUGCAAACUUCAGGCCGCGGAAAGCUUGUCGGCGAAAUAAUGCAAAAACAGAUACACUCUGCAUAGGCCAACCCCAAGAAGACAUCCCGUCCACUUCUCCACCGGACCUGCCGACCACCGAAGCUCCCACCACCAGUCCUCGCACCGUCUUCCCGCCCUUGCAACCCCUCUGCAUACCCGAUUCCCAAGGCACUUACUCCAAUUGCCCGUGUCCGACAGAUUACAAAGUUCCCAAGAUGAAUUUUGCCUUACCGGAUAUCGUGACGAGGUCGGGUAAGCCUUCUCCAAUACCCGACAGAGAAAACCCACAAUAGAAAACUGUACCAAAGAGAACCAAUCGUAUACUGUGACACGAACUAAUGGCUAAACUAAAUUUCUUCCAUUUAGAUAAUUUCUGAGAACGGAAGCACAUUAUAAGCUGCUUCUUGUGUGUGUGCGUUUACAAACACUGCCUUGUGGGGUACCGGAACAAUGGGAGGUACCCCACAAGGAAUGCCCACCGACUUGCG